UUCAAUCAAAUAUCAUCCAAAUACAUGUCUUUCUUACCUUUAUCAUCAAAUCCACAUAUAUCAAUCAACCCUUUUUUCAAUAUGCCUCACAAUGCCCGCUGUCCUGCUGCUUUGCAAGCCUGUACAAAGACUCCUACCCUGCGCCUCAGUCUCCCCAAACUACCUGUUCCAGAAGUUCUGGAUAAUGGAGAGGAUCCGGUCAAUGAUGAGAUGAAGAAGCAGGUGGAUGAGAAGGAUAUAGAGACUCAGUCUGAGGAUUCUUGAUAUUCACAAAUCUCUACACCUGAGUCUGACAUCUCAUACAGAUUGUAUGAAUGGGUGAUUAUCAAUGAGAUAAAGAAUUCUGUCAAGAUCAAAUAUCAGACUGUCUCAGUAAAUGAUUCAACUAUCAGCUUCUUUCAUAUUCAAUAUACUGCAGAAAAGAUGACUAAGGAGUAUAUUGUAAAGUAGAUCUGUAAGAAGAUGAAAGUUGUAGAUUAUACAGCUGUUAUCAUAUCAUAUAAAUAUGAAUUUCAGGUCAACAAAAUCA